CCUCAGGAACAUUCUGCAGUGGAUGCCGUCGUCAUGGGCACCGCUCGCGUCGUGCACAUGGUAGGAAAAGGCAUCGCGGAUUUUGCGGCUGCUAUUAGCGACAAGGAAAGUGAGUUAAGAGCGAGUCACCUAUGCUUCCGAAUUCCGGGCCAGAUUGGCUCCGGUUUUUGCACGUUUGUUUGUGCCAAGUCUUGGAGGAGCGUCGAAGCAUCUAUCUUGUCACGCACCUGCAAAUACCGGCUACGAGGGACGAUAAGCUUCCUGCAUUUCUCGACAGCUGCCUGCUGACGCUGCAAGCCCAGCUGCUUGUUCUCGACAUCUCUGAUUGCGGACUCACUUCCCUUCCUACAUCUAUUUGCACUUGCACUUUCCUCGAAGAGCUGAACAUAUCCUGCAACCCUAUCCAAGGCGGCCUCCUUCCUUCAUGGCUCGAUGAGCUCGCCUCUCUCAAGGUGCUCGUCGCUGACGACCUCUCGCUGGCCAUCCUGCCAUUCGCAUUGUCCUCGCUGACCAAGCUCGAGACGCUGAGUGUGCGCAACAACAUAUUGCAGCAGCUGCCAAGCUGGCUGCACCUACUUCGCAAUGUUAAGAGACUCUGCAUCGAAGGCAACCCGUUCUUCGCUCCUUGGUUGACUAUAUUAGGGCCCUUGUUGACAAUCUCGAAAGAUGCUGUCGUCAGUCCGCUGCGAUCGGCUCCCCUCAAGACACCUGCCAUAUCCGCUUCGACUUCUGUGUCCUCGUUGAUCUCGUUGCAGGAAGCCCAGCAACAGCAGGUUUCGCCCUCUGGCACCUUGCCGAGGGCCAACACAUCGCGGAGCUCUCUAGGACGCCUUCGGCAGAUGCGCAGCAUCAGCGACAUGGCGCGUGGUAAGGACUGUGCCACUCAACCACCAGCAGACUCUCCAGACACGUCAAAAGGCGAGUCGCAUCCGACAGCAGACAAGCCGCUUCCUCCUAUCCAGAACAUGAACCCGACCUCGACCUCAUCAAUUCCCUUGCCGCCUAUGCCGCCGGACGACGUUCCAUUCGAAGAUGGCACGGUCCGCAGCAGUGGUUUGCGUUUGCGCAUAGGCGGCGAUGGCUCGACCGGCACAUCGUCCAAGUGGGCCUUCAGUCUGCGUCGCAAGUCCCGCAAGGAGCACUCGAACCGACUCAACAUCAUGCCCGACAUGUCUUCAGGCAAAGAUGAUGCGAGCCGCAGCGGCGCCUCAUCCACGCCUUCCGUCACAUCUGCCAUGUCCAGCUCCUCUGGUUCUGCUCGGGUCGCAGAAUUCGGCGUCACUGAGGCGCCCAUGUCGCCCUUUGCAGCGCACGCUCCCCCCACUUUUGCACAGGUCUCGUCACCCGCGGAGAUGCGCCGCAGGAAUCGCUUGUCGUACUUGCCCAUCAGCAGUGUGAUGACUCAGUCGACGGAGCCGAACGGCGUGUGGGAUGAGGUGGAGAUGGGAAUGCACCUCAAGCGCGUUAAGGCGCUUAUGCAGUAUCUUCGAGAUCUCGAUGAUCUUUGCAAUGACCAGGUUCAGCAGGAUGAAGAGGCGGAGAGCGAGGCGCCAACGCGGCCGUAUCUCAAGCGCAUGCAGAGCUCGGGCAACAUCUCCAUGAGCGCAAUAUCGACUCGCUCAUCAGAUCAUGCCUUCGGUGGAAGGCCGACUCCGGCUUCGUCACGCCGGCCGAGCGAGAUAACGCUUAACUCCAUGGCCCAGUCGAUGUCGACCAAUGGUUUCACAACACCCGAGGAAACUUGUCCUCCGCCACUGCCGCCGAUGCCAAAUAUGCCGAAAUGCAAGGAUGAUGCUGGGCGCCGCAAAAAGAUUGUCGCAGAGAUCAUCUCUUCGGAAGAAACUUACGUGCAAGGUCUUCAGGACCUGGUGGACAUCUACGUCAAGCCAGCGCAGGCGUACCCCACAACAGCACCGAUCCCACUAGCAGAGCAGCGGAUCGUGUUCGGCAACAUAGAAGCCCUUCGGCACUUUCAUCAAGGCGCAUUCUUACCGGCGCUGAAAGCAGCCGCUGCGCCACUACUGUCGCUAGAUGAUGCGCCCGCGGAGCUCUCUGCACAUACAGCAGAGGACGUGUCGAGCGUAUUUUCGCGCCACGCCGCGUUCUUCAGAAUGUACUCGACGUACAUCAACAACUGCGAGGCGGCCCAAGCGCGCGUGGCCGUGUGGCUAGCACCCGUUCCGUCCGGCGCGGCAGCAGCUUUGAAGAAUGCAAAGCUCGGAGGCUCGCACCACGUCGAAGGAGACCUCACUCCUAGCCAGAGGAAGAUCAUGCAGAAGUUCCUUAAGCGAUGCCGCUCGAACCCACGACAUACCCAGAUCAGCAUCGAGAGCUACCUUUUGCUUCCGGUGCAGCGCAUCCCGCGUUAUCGUCUCCUCCUCGAAGAUUUGCUGCGCAGUACGCCGCCGUCGCUGCUACGUAACCAAGCAACUGUCCAAGAUGCUUUGACGCAGAUCUCAGACAUUGCUAUGAGCGUCAAUGAGAGCAAACGGCAAGCAGAGCAAGACAAGCGACUGUGGGAGUGGCAAGAUCGCAUCACGGGGCAUUGGCCGAGUCCUCUUGUUCAGCCACACCGCCGGCUCAUCAAGGACGGUGCACUGCUGAUCAGGCGUGUUGUCAAGCGGUCAUCGGCGUAUGUGCAAGCGGACCAGCCGAGCUUUGCCGGUGCGGAAGCCCAGUCGACUAGCGUCCUUGCCAUCGACGCUUUGCAACAGCAGGCUAUGAACAAGCCAGUGGUCCUCCUCCUCUGCAACGACAUUGCUGUCGUGCUCUCCACGCCGCUCGGCGCUCGCACGGACAAGCCUACCACGUUUGAGCUAUACGCUGUGUUGCGCAUCAAGCAACAAAAGGAGUGUGAGAUCGUCGGUGGAACCAACGUUCGAGUGGUGGACUCCAAGACCAUCAUCUACUUUGCGGCUCAAACGCCAGCCGAAGCAGCCGCUUGGCGUGACGCGAUUCAGAGCUGCACUACAUCUACACAUUGAUCUCUGUGCUCUUAUCCUGUCUAUUUGCUGUGCAUCGCAUCGCGCGCAUUCGUAUUGCCCCACCUCGCAAGCAUUCGGCGUCAGCGCGUCACGUCGUUGUAUUUUUAAAGGGUACACGGAGCAAAAGAUCCCAAGACGUGCUUGUGGGUGAUAGAAUGCACAUAAGUAAGAACAGAAGACAUCGAAAAGUCCGCAGACAAAGAGAUAAUCAAGACUGUGCUGAGAAAGCUGGGGUUAUGCCCCGGUCCUGCUCCCAUUUGUCGAGCUCAGAGGUGAUGCUGCCAUACGGGAUGCUGUCGCGGUGCGAGUCAUCCCCAGCGUGGGUUGAUUCCAUGCGGCCGAGAAGCAGCUGAAGCUGUAGGAUUCAAGCAUA